AUGCCGGCUCUCGUGUUGGUUCCUGCAAGUCCAUCCGAUGCUGAACAGUUGGCGCCAAUCCAGCUUGAAGCUUGGUCGCAGGAUGUCGGCUUCACCACGAUAUUUCCGAAGGGAGCAACGCCGGACACCAUACAGCAUACGGUGGCUCAAAUGGAGAAGGACAUGGAUGAUAUGACACAGCACAUAAUGCUGGUGAAGGACGCCAUGUCAGGGGACAUUGCGGCGUAUGCGAUGUGGCAGUUCAUCCCACAGAGAGGCCAUGAUAGUGUCGAGAGGGAGAUGCUCACGGACCACUUCCCACUUCCGAAGGACGCGAACCUCGAGGUGGGCAAUCGUCUGAUCCACAACGGGGUCAGAAAACACCACGAGGUUGUCACAAAACAUUUCGGCCAUGGGUCACCUCAUGCCUACCUUCACGCUAUCGCGACCAAUCCGAGAUACCGAAGGCAAGGCGCUGCGUCGAUGCUAAUGAAAUGGGGCAUAGAGCGAGCAGAUGAUCUUGGUCUCCCAUGCUAUAUAGAGCUACGCCUGGUGCGAAGGACCUCUAUGUCAAGUAUGGGUUUGAAGUGGUGGAACUAUUCAAGCUUGAAAUUCCUUCCCGCAACGACUACCAUCAUUUCUGUAUGA